UCGCAGAGAGACAGACGCGUGACAAAUUAAGCCUGAAGACGUUGCUGAGUCAGAAACUAUGAAUGUGCUAUGCUACUUGCUAGUCGCAGUGACGAUCUCAGCCGGCAGACCUUAUGAGAGCACGGCCAGCAAUGACAGUGACGAGUCACAGUUCGAUUACUGUCCGUCGGAGCAGCAGCUGUGCAGCGUAGACAGCCGCAAUAAUACACCCGUGCGCUGUGUGGAGAGGCUCUUCAGAGCGAACAUAACUGGUCUGGUCUACUGCGAUGCCCAACACUGUGAACCGGAAACGUUUAAACAUGAUUAUAUCAUAAGCAACCACGACCAGAGCCCGCAUGUUAACAGCUGGAAACGGGCCAGAGUUGGCGAGUCGGCCAUCCUGCACGAUGUCUGCCUGCUGCGGAACGGAUUGCCCGUGACCCGCAAGUGUCAAGUGCAUGGCAUGCGUGCUCGCUGGGAGUCCCUUGACCAAUGGCCGCCUGUUGUAUGCAUGCGAAGAUUCAGAGAGCGCUCGAUCAGCGUGGAGCUGAACAAUCUGCACGACGAUAUACUCGAGGGCCGACGGCGUACCAACAACACCCAAGAACGUCGUCGCACUACGGCCCUAAUUAGAGAUAUGUUCAAACAGCAUGACAGAACCCUCCUGCCAGCUGACGUGCAUGUGGUUGGCCAGGUUUUUGGUGAGCUCAUGGAGCACGAGAAGGACGCGACGCUGAGCGCCGAUCUGAUCAGUAUUUGCCGCGAAAUCAUGUCGAGCGAUGCGCAAGUGCUGCAACUGUCGGCAGUGCUGAAUGCGACCAACUCGCUGCUGAAUAACUUCGAGGACUACAUGGAUGCACUGCCUCAACAGCUUGUGCCCAGAGAGAAUUGCGGCAAAGUGGUGGUUCACGCGGCAAGUGACGCAGGAGAGGCAGCUGCGAGUGGCAUGGAAAUACUUAACAAUGCCAAUCUCGGCGUGCAUGCCAUGAUGAGCAGCAACCUGAGCGUAUUCUAUGUGAAUCCCGAGUGCGAGAGAAUCACGGGCAUAGCUAUCUACUCAGCAGCAGCUCCCGAUCGAAAGCCUGCUGUCAGCCAGUUUUGGUAUCGCUUUCUCUAUGCCAACGAGAGCUUGGAGAAGCUGCGCAGGGAGCAGGAUCUGGAGACGGCCACAUACGUGCCGGAGCAGCUUUGGAAGCUGUUGCAGCAGAGCGGCGCCACGUAUGUGAUACUCAAGGUGUAUGCCCAUGACGGGCUCUUCGUGGAGACUGCGCAACAGCGCAGCCGCAGGCCGCGCAGUAAAGUGUUAUCCAUAUCGAUUCCCGGCUGUGAGGGUGUGCAAUUGCCCCAAACGCUUCCCUUUCUGCUACGCAACGAGAAUCACCGGCAACCGGACACGCGGGCUGUGGCGACAGGCAGCGGCUGUGGCUAUUGGAACUAUCACACCUGGGCGAGCGACGGCAUCACGACCAGCAGUGGAACGGAUAUGCUACGGGAUCCAGUUAUCGUCUGCCAAACGCGCCAUCUAACCCAGUUCUCGUUUCUGGUGGGCGGCAGCUACCGCAGCAACGACCUGGGCGACGAGGUGCUCGUGACCCCAAUCAACGAGCGCGUGCUGGACAUCAUAUCCCUUGUGGGCUGCUGCCUGUCGCUCUUCGGUGUGCUGGGCAUCUUUUUGACUGCGGCGCUGUUCAAGAGCUGGCGCAGUCAGGCCUCGACCAAAGUGCUGCUGCACCUCUGCCUGGCCAUGAUGCUACAAAUGGUGCUCUUCGUGUUCAUUAAUACGGACAACCUUUCGGAGCAGCUGGUUGUCCACGGAGAUACUGCACGCUGUGUGCUGCUCGGCGCUGCCAUGCAGUAUACCAUCCUGGCGCUGUUCUGCUGGAUGCUGAUCAUUGCCUUCCUGCAGUUCCAGCGCUAUGUCACGGUGAUUGGCAUCGAGCGUCCGCGUCGUUACAUCCUGAAGGCGGCCCUCGUGGCCUGGCUGUUGCCAAUGGUGCCCACCUUGUUGGUGGCUUGCAUUGAUCCGGGGUCGUAUGUGCCCACAGCCGAGCAAUUGGCCACGGACACGGCCAUUUGUUAUCCAUCCGGCUACGGACUAACCUUCGGCGUUGUGCUGCCCGUGACGUUGAUUACGGUUGCCAACUUGGUGAUCUUUGUGUAUGUCUUCUACAGCAUCUCGCAUUCGCUCAGCCAGAGCAUUCAGCGUGCGGAGCGCAAGUUGGUCAACAAGCAGAUUCGGCUCUCGGUGCUGCUCUUCUUCUUGCUGGGGCUGUCCUGGAUCUUUGGCAUCUUCGCCUUCAUGCAGGCGGGCGUGGCAUUCUCGUAUCUCUUCUGUCUGACAGCCACGCUGCAGGGCUUCGUCUUGUUCAUCUAUUUUGUGUUGCUCGACGAGCCCAAUCGCCGGGCGUGGAUAGGUCUACUCUGCCCAACCAAGAUGAAAAUAGAUGUGCAGAAGCGCACGACAGAGCUGCAAUCGAUGACCACCAGCUCAACCAACUAUUCCACCAGAACGCAUUAGAAAGCUACUGAACCUAAGCUGAAACUAUGCAACGAACAAACUUUAAC